GCAGCUAGCGAGUUUCUGGUUUGUCAAUUUUCGAUAGUAGACCUAUCACAUAAUUGGCUACUCUAGGAAUGUGAUAUUGAAAUAAAUCCGCUGUUGGAAGUUUGAAGUGGGAGUGUAUCUCGAUACCGUUGGAUUUUGCAAUUGGAAGUUCUGUGGAGUGUGAGUUUGUGCGGUGCGCUUUGUUUUUAACUCGCAAUAGUGAAGUUUUGUGAAAUAACAUGUAGAACUAAUUAAGUGGAUUUUGAUGUUCUGUGGAUAAACGCCCUUUAUUUGAUGGUCAAAAAGGUGGACGUAAUGAUGUAACCAAUGACUCCGACCCAUCAUGUGCGUAUGGUGGCUACUGACUGUAGUUACUGCUGUUACUUGUGCACAAGAAGGAUAUGUUCUAGCGUGGAUAUCCGCAAUAAGCCGGACCACCUUGAGGCACUCCGUGGUUGCCGCGUGGUCGAGGGCUCAGUCCAGAUAGUCCUGAUGGAACGUGGCAACGAGACAGACUUCGACCUCCACUCCCUGCCGGAGCUGAGGGAGAUCACGGAGUACCUCAUGUUCUACAGGGUCGUGGGUCUACGCAAUAUCGGCCAGAUCUUCCCCAACCUGAGCGUGAUCCGCGGCGAGAGGCUGUUCCAGGACUACGCCCUCGUGGUCUACGAAAUGUUCAACCUGCAGGAGGUCGGUCUAAAGAGUCUGUCGGAGAUUACUCGGGGAGCUGUCAGGAUAGAAAAAAAUCCGAGGUUGUGCUAUGUAGACACUGUAGGCUGGGACCAGGUAGCCAGGUGGGAUCCGCUCAAGAACUACAUCUCCCAGAACAAACCAGCAGACAGUUGUCCAGGGUGUGACCCGAGCUGUCCUCAGGGGCUGUGUUGGAGUCUUAACCAGUGUCAGAUACAGAAUAGCACGAGUUCCAAGUCGGCCUGUCACCCCUUGUGCAUCGGUGACUGUAUGGAUCCUGGACCCAAGGGUUGUUAUACUUGCAGGAAGUUCCUCACAGCUGACAACGAGUGUGUCCAGGAUUGCCCAGCUGGAACGUACGAAUAUGUGAACCGGAGAUGCAUAACAGAAGAGGAGUGCUUCAACGCAACUAGACAGCAGAAGAAAUCUCUGUAUGACAAGCAGUUUGUCCCUUUCGUCAUCUUCAACGGGACUUGCACUGACCACUGCCCGGCUGGGUACCAGCUGGAUGACGAGGCAAGAAGUUGCAUUCCCUGCCGAGGGAAAUGUAACAAGACUUGUCAAGGUGGCAGCAUUGACAACAUAGCAGCAGCUCAAAAACUAAGAGGCUGCACACUCAUUGCUGGCUCUAUAGAGAUCAACAUUCGCUCAGGCAAACCGAAGAUCAUUGCCCAAGAACUAGAAGAGAACCUGGGAGAUAUCCAAGAGAUCACAGGGUUCUUGAAAAUCGUCCGUUCCUCGCCCAUUGUGAAUCUCCACUUUCUAAAGAACCUCAUGACUAUUCGCGGUGAACACGAAGAGAACUACGCCAUGCUCGUCCUAGAAAACCAAAACCUCCAGGAAUUGUGGGAUUGGGACACAAAGCCCAACUUUAAAAUACUUAAAAACAGACUUUUCUUUCAUUAUAACCCCAAAUUGUGUUUACAUCACAUUAUGAAACUUAUUGACAUUGUGCAUCAGACAAAUGUAACGGAUGUUGAAGUUUCAAAAGAAUCGAAUGGUUACAAGUUUCCUUGUAAUGCUGCAACCAUAGUUUUAUCGGUUAGAUACAAGUCUUCAAACACUAUUCAAAUCCACAUUCCUACUCUCGAGGUUCAUUCGGAACAUUCCUUUCUUCGGUAUGUGAUUUAUUACACAAAAGAUCCUGGGAAGAAUAUUUCAAAGUUUGAUGAUCUCGACCAAUGCUCAGAUUAUGGAUGGAUGUCAAAAGAUAUAUCUAUAAACACUAGAGAACAUCCUUCGCUGUUGGUGAACUUGACCAACUUGGAACCUUACACUCAAUAUUCUUUCUAUGUCACUGCAUUCACAGUUGACAAAAUUGUGGCUACCAGUGAAAUCCAAACUGACAGAACUGAUGCAUCAAAACCAUCAGAGUUACUCUCUGUAAAUGUAAUUGCCAAAUCGAGUUCUGAAAUUUUUGUAUCGUGGAAGCCUCCGAGACAGGUGAACGGAAAACUUGAAAAAUUCAUAAUUACGUGGUCUGCAUUAGAGAGAGAUGAUUCACUUUUGAAGCUUCGUGAUUAUUGUAAGAAUCCAAUGACUUACAUAACCAAUCUUUCACCAUUAAAACCUGAGGUCACUAACAGAACAGCCACUAGAAACAAUACUUGUUGUAUAAAAGAAAAAGAAAUUCCAAAAGAUGGAUACGAUCAACUGUGCUCAAAAAGCCACUAUUACAUGGUUCCAUCUGCAGUGAGUGAUAUUGAACCUAGAAUGUCUUGUGAGGCAUAUUUCAACAAUUAUUUAAGAACCACUGAACUCAUCGUUAAAGAUGAUAUACGGGAAAGAAGACCAGACACUUCAAUAUCGUCGAAGCUUAGAGAAGUGUCUGAAAUUGUGUAUCUUAAUGAUAAACUCAACGUAAAUAAAAUAAGCUUAACCCCAAACAAAGAAGUCAAACCUAAUACCGUGCAAUUGUCUGCUGUAGAGAGGAAUUUUACAAUCAUUGGCUUAAAGAAUUAUCAAGACUACAUCGUUACAAUUGAGGCUUGCCGAGAAAAGGAUUAUGCACUUCCAAGUGAUGUGAAUGAUGGUAACACAUGUAGUAAGAGGGAUAUUGUUGUAGUACGGACUGAGCAAGACAAAAAGGCUGAUAUUAUUUCUAACGGGAUCGCACAUGAGGUUGUAAACAGGACGUUACAUGUUACUUGGAGUUCUCCUUCCCAUCCGAAUGGUUUGAUUGUUGCAUAUGAGUUAGAGUAUAAACAGAAAGAUGUAAUUUAUUCAAAAUCAGUUUCGUAUUGUAUUUCCUACAUGGAAUACAAACUUAAUAAACAUAGCUAUAUGGUCGUAGAUUUACUUCCUGGAAAUUACGAGUUUAGAAUUCGAGCAAUCUCACUUGCAGGAAGAGGACCAUUUACAGCAUUUAGAAGUUUUACAGUCCCAAGACCAUUCACAGUUCCUGAAUACUCCAUAGCAUUAGCACUUACUGUUUUCACAAUGUUUGUAGUAAUAAUAGUGAUGCUAACAUUACAGUUUUUUAAGAACAAGAAACCUAACCUAGACUUACUAAUAGCUAAUGUUAAUCCUGACUACGCAAGUAUCCUAGACCAAUGGGAGGUGUCAAAAGAAGACCUAGUUUUAGUAAAAGAAAUCGGUUCUGGAACCUUUGGAAAAGUAUUUGAAGGUCGUUUACAACCGAACAACAAACCUUGUGCGGUGAAAACUGUGAAUGAGAACACUUUCGCCUAUGACAGAAAACUUUUCCUCAACGAAGCCUCAAUAAUGAAGUCUGUAUCCGGAACGUACCACAUAGUUCAACUUUUAGGUGUCGUCUCAAGAGAAAAGCCCCCUUUGGUCAUCAUGGAGCUCAUGAACGGAGGUGAUUUAAGAUCAUUCUUGAUAUCUUCAAGAUCUGAAGAUCCUCCAAAUGACAUUGCAAAGUUUAAAAUCGCGGCUCAGGUUGCAGACGGUAUGUGCUUCAUGGAGGCGAAGAAAUUUGUCCAUCGUGACCUUGCAGCAAGGAAUUGUCUCGUCAAUAGAGUGGGGGAAGGAGGUUUGGUGGUGAAGAUCGGAGACUUUGGGAUGACUCGUGAUGUCUACGAGACAGACUACUACAGGAAAGGAGACAAGGGUCUGUUGCCCAUCAGAUGGAUGGCACCUGAGAGUUUGAAGGAUGGAUUAUUUACCAGUCACUCAGAUGUGUGGAGUUAUGGUGUUGUCCUUUGGGAAAUAGUGACAUUAGGGGAACAACCGUACCAAGGAUCUAGCAAUGAGACAGUUCUACGGGAAGUCAUGGCUGGACGUUUGAGGCUUCAGAUCCCUUCCUACUGUCCUGACCCACUCAAGAACAUUAUGAGAGCGUGCUGGAGAAUCAGAUCUGCUCACAGGAUAAACUUCAUGAGAACAGUCGGGUCUUUAGAGUGCUUCGUGGAUGAAGAGUUCAAAAUGGUUUCUUAUUACCACAGCGACGAAGCCACAAACACGAGACAAACGAUGCCAGACUACGUAGAAAUGUUUUCCGUGGAGGAUCCAUUGCUUUCAGAAGAAGAAGAGCCAUAUGAAAUGAACGGUAUUACGAUGAACGGUGGAAUAACAUUACUAAUGAAUAAACACAAUGGCAGGUUUCCUCUACAAUUUAAUUCUGUUGAAGAUCUUGAUUCAUUGGAGGAGGUGUAGUGAGUAUUGUUACGACCAGUAUUUGUAUUUUUACUUUUAUGUACUUCAUAGCUAUUUGUACACAAUGUAAACAAUGUUCCUUGUAAAUCAGUACAUGUAUAUAAACACAAAAAACCUACGUUCCUAAAUGUAAAAACUUAUUUUAAUUUUAUUGAGCGGUUUUUACUUAUUUUGUUUAUACCAAAGCAACACAAGUAUAUGAGUUAUGUUUGUAAAUUUGGAUUUUUGUACAUAUUAACUUCCUUUUUAGUUCAGUAGUCAUCUAUCUCUGAGUUUGAUCAUGCAUAAGAUUUCUGUGAGGUACCUACCUUUGUGUUCUCUGAGAGGAAAGCCCAAAGAUACUUUUUAAUGCUUUGAAUUAUUUGAUCUGAAAUGGCAACCAUAGGAAGCAAGGCAAUUUAAGCCAAGUGUGAAUGGAGAAGUGUGUAGGAUGAGAUAAAAUAAUUAUUAUUUCAUCUUUACCAUCACUCUCUAAUACUUGUGUUAUUUAACAAAUAAAAAAUAUUUGCUUGCUAAAAUAAUUUAAAGUAAAACUCAACAAUACCCCUCAGUAAGUGGUUGAUUGCAAUUGUUAUUUUGUAGUUUUUUUUUACAGUCAACAGAUAAAACAAUGAAUAUUUUAAAAUAAUGAGUUUAGCUUAGAAAAUACACGAACAAAAUAUAAAAAAAUACAUACUUCAUAAGUUAAAAGCCAACCAAUUGCAUUCUUAUGAAAUGGCUGCUAUGGUCUCUAUAUUAAAUGUAAAUGUAAUGAUUUAAAUAGAAAAAAUAUUUUCUUAUUCUUGAAUGUAAAUAAACUAUUCAUAUUGUGUUAACAGUGUGCCUUUCUACUGUACAACAUUUGUACUAAGGGUAAAACAAUUAUCUGUUUAACAUUUUGAUCUUUUGUAAAUUUUAUUCUCCAUAGCAUAGUUUUAAUUUUAUAAAGCUAUAGCUUUUAGCUGCUAGUUUGUUUUACACUUAUAAUGAUAAAAUUAUAUUGUAAAAAAUAUAGUUUUAUAUCAAAUUUAAAAAAAGUAUUACUAUCCUUGUAAACUACGAUUUUGAAAAUAUUAUUUCCCCGUGAAUACCAAUUGAAGAACUUUAACUCAAAUUGAUCAAAUGAGUAGGAAUUUGCUUAUUUAACUUGUUUUUAUUAGGAGUUUUUUUUAUGGAGUUUACACAUAACACAAUACCGGUGCGAGAUUGAUAUUUUCAUUUAACUUUUUACUGGUAGUACUGUAUACAAUAAUAGUUUUAGCGAAUUUCCCAUAUAUUAGCAAAUUUCCCAUAUAUUAGCAAAUUUCCCAUAUAGGGAAUAAGCUAUUACCGUAGGUCUCAUGGUAAGACCUGGACCCGGGACCGAUUUAGUUUUUCGUUUUGAGGUCCCCAGAGGCCAAAAACACCAUCCGUUCAAAUUCAUAUAUAUAUAUAUAUAUAUUUAUAUAUGUGUCCGUUAGCGCGAUAACUCGAGCAAAACGGAUCCGAUUUUGAUGAAAUUUGGUAUAAACGUGUAAACCUACAUUUAUUCG